UGAACAGAGACAGAGAGAAGAGUAAAAAUAAAGUCUGGAGAAAAUGACGCGCAGCCGCAAAUAACCGACAUUUACAGCGCAAAGAGCCGAGACCUGAGCUUACACACACACACACACAGGAAAACAUCUAACACAUUCUCACACCCAGCAGUUGAUUUUUGGUUUUGUUUUUGGGGUUUAUUGGUUUUGUUUUUUUGGAAAUUGGGAAGAAGUCAGUCCGACUUUUUGCGCUUUAUUUCUCCGAUUUUCUUUUCUGGAGAUUGAGACUGUUUUUGGUUUAUUUUUCUACCUUUCAUUUGGUUGAUUAUAAUUUUGUGAACCUGGUGUUAUUCCGCGGUGGUAUGAUGGAGUUCAGCCCGUGUCCGAAGCCGCAGCUUUCCUCAAGAGCCAACGCUUUCUCCAUCGCGGCCCUCAUCUCCAGCAGCUCUGCUAAAGACAAGGAGAGCGAGGAGAACACCAUCAAACCUCUGGAGCAGUUCGUGGAGAAGUCUCGGUGUGUGGACCGCGGCGCUGCGGGUGGAGGUGCGGGUGGAGGUGUGGAGGCGGAGGCGGAGGUGGAGGUGAGCACGGAGCCGCUGAUCCCCUGCAGUCCCGCGGUACCGAGUGAACACAUGGCCAACAUCAGCUGCAGCCUCGAGACCAAAGACCUGUGGGACAAAUUCCACGAGCUCGGGACCGAGAUGAUCAUCACCAAGUCGGGCAGGAGGAUGUUUCCCACUAUCCGUGUCUCGUUCUCGGGAGUGGACCCGGACUCUAAGUACAUCGUGCUGAUGGACAUCGUUCCUGUGGACAAUAAGAGAUAUCGCUACGCGUAUCACCGGUCCUCAUGGCUGGUGGCCGGUAAAGCCGAUCCUCCGUUACCUGCCAGGCUGUAUGUCCAUCCCGACUCGCCCUUCACCGGAGAGCAGCUGCUCAAACAGAUGGUGUCCUUUGAGAAAGUGAAGCUCACCAACAAUGAGCUGGACCAACAUGGACACAUCAUCCUGAACUCGAUGCAUAAAUAUCAGCCUCGUGUUCACAUCAUUAAGAAGAAGGAGCACACAGCGUCGCUGCUCAACCUCAAAUCUGAGGAGUUCCGUACCUUUAUCUUCACGGAGACCGUGUUCACCGCCGUCACCGCCUACCAGAACCAACUGAUCACUAAGCUGAAAAUCGACAGCAAUCCAUUUGCUAAAGGCUUCAGAGACUCAUCCAGACUCACAGAUAUUGAGAGUAGGGAAAGUGUGGAGAGUUUGAUCCAUAAACACUCAUACGCUCGCUCACCAAUACGGACGUACACUGGAGAGGAGGAGACGCUUGGAGAGGACACACACACCACACACACCCGAGGUUCUGCCUUCACAGCAUCUGAUAAUCUCUCCUUGAGCUCGUGGGUGUCAAGUUCCUCUGGUUUUUCAGGGUUCCAGCCUCCUCAGUCCCUGGCCCACCCAAUCCAGGGCUCUUUGCCUCCGUACAGCAGACUGGCCGUCCCCCUGGCCCCCCCGGCUCUGACGGCCACCAGCGGCCCGAGCUUUCCGUCCUUCCACAUGCCGCGUUACCAUCAUUACUUCCAACAGGGUCCAUACGCCGCCAUCCAGAGCCUGCGCCACUCCUCCACUGUCAUGACGCCCUUUGUCUGAGUGCCACUGCCUACAGGGGGCACCAUGCAGAAAACACACACAGACACACACACACAGUUGCGCUCACAGUCUGCAUGUUUUAACUCCUUAUCUGCUUUAUUUUAGAGAAAACUCUUAAGUGGGCACAGUGACCAUUUAAACACACACACACACACACCCUUUCAAUAUGUUUCCUUAUCUCCUUCACAAGUGAGGAAGAAGCCAUUUCCUGUAAAUAACAUGAUCAUUACUGUAAAGACUCACUGCUGAGAAAAAAAACUCUGAAAUGAAUUCAGACGGACAGUGGGCGGAGCUCCGGCCAUUUGGGGGAGCUGAGAGCACCUUUCACUUUCAUGUGUAAAGGAGAAGCAGUUUUCCAUACUGACAUGUAAAUGACGUGACACUAUUACUGAAGAACGACCCACUGAGAGUGAGAACGGUGAUGUAGAUACAAUAAAAUAACAUGCAGAAAGACACAAGAGCUGGAUCCGCGUCUGAGUCUGUGUCUGAGUCUGCACCUGAGUCUGAGUCUGCGUCGGAGUCUGCAUGUGAGUCUGCGUCGGAGUCUGCGUCAGAGUCUGCGUCUGAGUCUGGGAUUGGAACACAGCCCCACAGCCUGUGCUAGACAAAAAAGCAGAUAUCUCUCAGACACUAUGUUGUCUGGACUCUACGCUGCGUAUACCUUUAUGAAGAGCUCCUUUUAUAUGAUUAUAACACCACUACUAACUCCAGACAAUGUAGUGGACUAACCCCUUAUUCCCUAACUAGGGAAGUCUGAGUCAUGUGGAGCUCUAGGGGGCGCUGUGUGUCUGGGGUUUGAUUCGGGAGGAGAGCCGCUGUGUAAAAUCACUCAAACACAGCGAAGGGACUCGAACAGUUUGUACAUGCUCACUUCUGAUUUUUGAAUAUGGAACACAGCCAUUUUAGAGAAUGAAAAACUGCAGUAGAGCGUCUUCAUGAUAUGAAGACAGACAGUGUGCUGUUGAGCCCCUUGUUGCCUCUCCAGGGUGCAGUGCUGUAAAAGAGGGCCUCUAGGAGGCGCUGUGUGUCUGACUUCUGUUUAGAAAUUUUGCUGACAUUUUUGCUGGAAGAAGAAAGUGUUGUUUUUUUGCCAUGCUUUGUUUAUGUUUAAUGCCACAUUUGGAUUGGGACGCGGCCUAAAUGAGGUCGAGACGUGUGUCAUUAUAUUCAUUAAGAUUUAAUCCGACUUUCACACAGCAUUCAUAAUUUAUUUGAGGAGAAAUUCAAGAUGCAACUGGCAAAAGAGAAGAAAUAAAGAACAGUGCUACUGUUCAGCACGUGUGUGUGUGUGUGUGUGUGUGUGUAAAUGAGAUUUGUAGAGAGUGUUAGGAGCUCAAAGCAGAGACUUUCUGUCCUCGAGGACAUCCUCACCUGUAAAUAGCGAGUGUGUGCUGAUUCAUGACUCAGUAAAGUCACAUGGAGGCACAUUUAUUAACCAGCGCUAACCAAAUUAGUGUGUGUGUGUGUGUUUUCUUUAUAAAUAUUAACCACAUGAUAUUUUGUUUGGAUGAUUUUUAAGUGCAAUAUAUUUAUUUCAUGAAAUUCAACUAAAACCCAACCCGCUGUGUGAGUUUGCUGCAUUACUGUAACAUACGAAGCAUUAAAGGAAAAAUGUUAUUUGUAAACAAGGAGAAAUAUAAAUCUAUAUAAUCACUCCAAAACCAUGUGAAGAGUCUCAUUUACUGUCUUACAGCAUGCAGAGAAAUACACACAGAGUCUGAUUACACAACAUUACACACACACACACACACAGUGAAGAGACCA